CCUGAUUUCUGUUCGAAAACAAGAUUUUCCGAUUCCGCUGGCUGCUUGCAAGCGCGGACUUCAGUUAGGGUUUAAUUCAUAUUCGAGCUCGCUUGCGUAGAGAUUUCACCACCGCCAGAUUUCUCAGCUCGUCAAACCUACCGGAGGAUGCGCAUUCCUCGUUGACACUCUGGCUCUGCUAUCUUUUCCUUCAUCUUUUUCAACUUUCACUUGCCCUUAUUUUUUGUUCGGCUGCUGAGAAAAUAGACGACUGAAGAAAAGCAACACGAUCCUUUUCUUUUCUAUGAGUUGAUGCUUUUAAUUUAUCCGGCCGAUUUGAGUGCCGGUGAUAAAAGGUGAGCGCAAGGUCUUCCAUCAAAACAGGCAGAGGCAAUUGCAGCUGCUAUUACUGAAGUACUAAAUGACAGCUUAGAAAAUGUGUCACAUUCAUUUGUCUCCAAGGGCGAAAUACAGAAGACCGAGAUGCUUCAAAGAAGGUAAUCUCUCAAAGAUUAAAUCCCAAGUAAAAAAUUCUCAGGAGCAUCAUUUUUCUAUGUUGCAACGGGAAACUGAAAAACUUCGAGGUGACAUAGAGAAAAUGCGCAUUGAGUUGAGGUAUGAAAUUGACAAGGUCACAGCUGGACAGCGCCUGGAUUUGAAUCUUCAAAGAGGGCGUAUACGUGAUGAACUAGCUAAUCAGAAUGCAGAAACUACCAACCUAACAAACAAGUUAGAUCGGGAAAUUCAUGCAUUAAGAGCCCAAAUGGAAGCCGCAAAAUAUGAUGUCAUCAAAUACUGCAUUGGUACCCUUGUCUCCAUAUCUGCAGUUGGUCUAGCUGUACUCCGAAUCUUGAUGUAGGGUUAUCCUAUGCUGUUAGUAAUGCUGACUUCUACAUAAUCUUGAAAUGUCAUUCUUUUUCCGACAAUUGGAUCAAGGAAGAGAGGGUUGGGAAAUAUAGAUUGUUAUUGCAAGAUAAUAUCAAAGAGACAGAUCCAAGCAGGUCGGAACAAUUGCCAUUGCUUCUUUUUGGAUGAAGCACUCUUUGUUUUGCACAACUCUAUUUAACUUGCUUGUUUUUCUUCUAUUUAACAGCAAAGGUGUUGUUUGUAGCGUGUGCAGGACACACCUUC